CACCUCAUCCCCACAACUAAAAAAAAAAUUCAUCAUAUUGAACAUCCGUCCCUGCUAAUUUAGAUAUCUAAUUUGAGCAUUUACCGCACAGUUGUCGAGUAGUAACUCGAAUAGUUACGAAAAUCUGAGCUGAAAAAAUAAAAACUAUUUUUCUUUACUGGGCGAAGUGACUGGAUUUUGAUCCCUUUCCCUUUUUUCUAAUAAACAAAACUACAAUGACACCUAAUAUUUCUAAGGCUAAUAAAAAACCAAAGAAAGAAUUGUACAUGUUCAUUACCGAUGAAUACAUCAAACAACAAGACGAAGACGAACUCAGAAUACAGGAGGAUGCAAUUCAUCAAAUACAUGGAGGCAGGUAUCAUCUCGAUGGACCCUUGCCCGUUACUGAGGAUGACGAUGAACUUAACCACGAAAAAGCUUUUCGUUUCGAUGAUCAAGACUGCGACAUGAAUUCUCUUGGUGGUGGUGAUGAUGAUCACGGUGCAUGGAACGAUCACGACGAUUUUUUUUGUACUCAACCUGAACCUGUCAAUGAGGCUGCUAAUAUUCAGCCUGUUAUUACCCAGCCUGUCACUACCCAGGCUGUCAGCACUGAGCCUGUUGUCAACUUGACUCAACAUAGAAUCAAGUUACAGAAGCUUUCUGCGGCUUGGAAGGACCUUAUGAAGGUCUUCCCAAAUGCAUAUCUGGCUUUUUUGGGUCAUAAUGGCGGCUUGCCCAACAUGUUGGAUGGCCAAGGUUGUCUUAGGAGUCCUUCUUGUGGGUGUCCCGAUGACUAUAUGAGGCUAGCCAAAGUCAACUUCUUUUUUGUCUGGGUUAUACUUAUACGAAGUUUCAAAGGUGUAAAAAAUAGCGAAGGAUUUUUCUACUGUAGCCAUUGUAAUACCUUGCCUGUUGCUUUGGUGGAAUCUGGAUUUUUUCCUUUGUCACCAAACAGAACAACAGGUGCUGUACACUUUAGUCUCUGUGAUUUUUUUCUUAGACUAAGAAACACCUUUGCAGGUUCGGCUGAGAAAAUAUCAAGCUUCUAUGACGCCUGGGCUACUGGCACCGAAAAGGCCAGUAUCUCGGAGGAAAAAUGCUCAAAUACCAUCCUUCUGUAUCAUAAGAUGGUUGAGCUGUCGGAACAGAUGGUACUGGGGGAAGUUUCCACGUCGUGUCCUGCUUGUCCUGAGGUUGGAUCAACCGAUGUUAAUGACAAGCAGUUCAUGACGAUGGAUGGAAACUUUCGUUUGAGAGGUACAAGAUCGCUGGCGGAUGAAGGUGACCUUUCUAAGGUUUCGGGCCUUGGUAAAUUCAAGAACUUUUGGAUGAAUGAAGACUUGGUCCAGUCAUUUGACAAAUCAGAGAAGGUAAUUGAUAGUUACUAA